AAUUUUCUCAAAUCCAGCUCUCGCUUCUUCUAUCCGAGUCCCUUGUCUUCUUUGUACCUAUUCUUCUUCUUCUUCUUCUUCAUCUUUGUCCUUUUUCGCUUCUAGUUCUCUGCAACAAUAACACUUACAGUUUGACACAACAAGAAUUGUGUGAUCUCUUUAAUUCGUUAUCAUGGUAAUGGCUUCCCCGCCGGACACCAGCAAGACAAUAAAGCUGGAGCGCUACAACAGCUACCUCCGCCGAGUCAACAGCACCAAGCUCAUCAACGCCUCCUCCAAGCUCCUCUUCCGCGUCACCCUCCUCGUCGCAUUAGUCCUCAUCUUCUUCUUCACUCUUAACUACCCUCCGCUUUCCUCCUCCUCCGACCAGAACGGCUCCCACCGCCUCCACAACACCAACUUCCUCUCCUCCGCCUUCUACGGCGGCGGAGUCGGCGGCACCGCCUGGGAGAAGCAGGUCCGCCACUCCUCCACUCCCAAGCGGCCCAACGGCAUGUCGGUGCUCGUCACCGGCGCCGCCGGGUUCAUCGGGUCCCACUGCUCGCUGGCGCUGAAGAAGCGCGGCGACGGCGUGUUGGGCUUGGACAACUUCAACUCGUACUACGACCCGUCGUUGAAGCGUGCGAGGCAAGCGAUGCUGAAGAAGCACGAGAUUUUCAUCGUGGAGGCGGACUUGAACGACGGCCCGAUGCUCACUAAGCUCUUCGACGUCGUACCGUUCACCCACGUGCUCCACUUGGCGGCGCAGGCGGGUGUACGGUACGCCAUGCAGAACCCCCAGUCCUACGUGGCGUCCAACAUUGCCGGCUUCGUUAAUCUUCUCGAGAUUUCCAAAGCCGCAAAUCCUCAACCGGCGAUCGUCUGGGCCUCCUCCAGCUCGGUCUACGGCCUCAACACCGAGAAUCCCUUCUCCGAGCUCCACAGAACCGACCAGCCGGCAAGUCUCUACGCUGCAACAAAAAAAGCCGGAGAGGAAAUAGCGCACACUUACAACCACAUCUACGGCCUUUCCCUCACCGGCUUACGAUUCUUCACCGUUUACGGGCCCUGGGGCAGACCCGACAUGGCGUACUUCUUCUUCACUAAAGACAUACUCCAAGGCAAGACCAUCGAUGUUUACAAAACGGUGGACGACAAAGAGGUGGCGCGUGACUUCACCUACAUUGACGACAUCGUGAAAGGCUGCCUCGGCGCACUCGACACCGCGGAGAAGAGCACCGGCAGCGGCGGGAAGAAGAAAGGACCGGCGCAGCUGAGAAUCUACAACCUGGGGAACACGUCGCCGGUGCCGGUGGGGAGGCUGGUGUCGAUACUGGAGGCGCUGUUGAACUCGAAGGCGAAGAAGCACGUGAUCAAGAUGCCGAGGAACGGUGACGUGCCAUACACGCAUGCGAAUGUGAGCCUGGCGCUGCACGACUUCGGGUACAAGCCCACCACGGACCUGGCCUCCGGGCUGAGGAAGUUCGUUAAGUGGUACGUGAGUUAUUACGGGAUCGAGUCGAGGGUAAAAACGGAAGCAAGAAGAUGAUGAUGAGUCAGCAGCCCGAGGAAUCCGCUUGAUUGGAUCAUCAAUCAUCACUGAUCACAUGGCCCCUCUUUUAAUUUCCUCCUCUCUUCCUCUCUCUCUUCCGUUUUUUUUUUUUGAUGAAAUUAAAAAAAUCCAAUCCUUGUUUUUUUUUUUUGGGUAAAAGUCCUAAGUUAUUGUUGUGUGGUCCUUGGUGUAUGGAAGCAUAGCUGUUCUUGAUGUAUCAUAUAGAUAUAAAUUUUAUAGAAGCAGAAGAAGAUAAGUGUAAGAAGCAGAAAGAUCUUCAAGGAAAGUGUUUUUAUAUAAUUAUAUAGGAAGGGGACACAAAGGUGUAGAUCUGGGAGGGGUUGUAAUAAUGUGUGGUGGGGACUACUGGAAAGAAUGUAGAUCUGAGCCAUUGGAUGUGGUGUAAAGAGAAAUAUGUGAUUUGUAACAAAACAACAGAAAUGACAU